AUGUCCAAUCUGACUAGAGUGACUCAAUUCAUCCUCAGGGGCUUUUCAGAUGCCCCAGAAUUGAGAUUUGUGGUCAUCCUAUUUUUCUUCUUUGUUUAUAUAUUCUGUCUCCUGGGAAACUUCUCCAUUAUUAUGGCUGUGACUAGAGACAGCAGGCUCCACUACCCCAUGUACUUCUUCCUGAAGAAUCUGUCAUUUCUGGAUAUGUGUUAUACUUCUGUCACCAUCCCCAAGGCACUGGCUACCUCCUUCACAGGCUCUGGGAUCAUCUCCUAUUUUGAAUGUGUGACUCAGCUUUACAUAUUUAUUACACUUGCUGCUACUGAGAGCUUUCUGCUCACCGCCAUGGCUUAUGACCGGUGCCUGGCCAUCCUCAGACCUCUGCUCUCUGGGAUCAUCAUGAACCAGAGACUCUGCUGUGAAUUGCUAGUCAUGGCCUGGCUAAGUGGGGCCAUUUACUCAGUCUUCCACACUGUCAACACCUUCUCCCUUCCUUUCUGUGGACCCAAUGUCGUUGAGCAUUUCUUCUGUGACAUCCCUCCUGUCAUGAGACUUUCCUGCACCGAUUACCACCACAAUGAGCAGGUGGGCUUUGCUGUCAGCAGCUGCAUUAUCAUGAGCUCCUUUGCCCUCACACUUAUUUCCUAUGUCUUCAUCAUCUCUACAAUCGUCCAGAUCCCCUCUGUGGAUGGGAGGUGGAAAGCCUUUUCUACCUGUUCCUCUCACCUGACCACAGUGCUUUUGUUUUAUGGUACUGGAAGCUUCAUGUACCUCAGGUCAGCUUCUCAAUACUCCCCAGCUCAAGGUCGCCUGGCCUCCAUUUUCUACUCCAUCUUUACACCUGCUUUGAAUCCAGUUAUCUAUUGUUUGAGGAACAAAGAUAUGAAGAUUGCUCUACAGAAACUCUACUGCCCAAAAGAGCACUAA